UGGAUCUAAAAAACUGUGCCAAUCGGUGGCAAACAGUUGAAAUUUUCGUUGCUUUGAAGAGGGAGAUUAUUCAUCUAGGGUUCGCAGAAGAGAGUUACCAAUAAGAAGUUAUAAACGUGUAUCCAUUAAAUCGAUAAUGAGAACAAAAUCUUUUUCAAGUGUUAAGUAAAGCUCAAUCUUCAGAAAAUUGCUUUAUUUCUUUCGCCAAAACGUGAAAUGUGAACUAUUUGCUUCGAAGAAAAUAUUAAACCACCGUGGAUCUGUUGGAUUUUAUUUCACUGGUUUUUGCGCACUGCAAAAUGAAUAUAUUCUUCAGCAAGUUACUCGAAGAAUUCCAGAAUGUAAUCGAAUCACCAUUUCUCAUAUGGGAAAUGCUCACAAUGCUGCGCAUCGGCAUCAAAGGUGAGAGCGCGCUUGAGUUGGAUGAAUUCCUAAAAUCAAAUGCGCCCGAAAUUGAAAUCACCGAAAAUGAUAUUGAACACUUAAGAACGCGCUACAUGCUGUCCGAAGGUGCGAAAACAAAUAGUCACAGAAAUCAAAGAAUCUUAAAGAUUGCCAAUCGAAUAUUUAUUAACAACGGCACACGCUUAAAGGAAAGCUUUGUAGAAGCGCUGCAGCAACGGUUCGCCUGUGGCGUACAGGAAGUCGACUUCAGUGCGCGACAAAAAGCUGCGGCCACAAUAAAUACGUGGGUCAGUGAUGCCACGAAUGGACGCAUACCGACGUUAAUAUCCUCGCACGAUGUGGGCGUCAAUACACAGGCGGUGCUGACGAAUGCCAUCUACUUUAAGGCGAAGUGGCAACAUCAAUUCGAGACGAUCGACACGAGGCAAGAAACAUUCCAUAUAAAUAGCGGGGAAGAUGUGAUCGUGCCAAUGAUGGGCCAGACAAUGAACGUCCGCUAUGCUUACAUACCGAGCCACAAUGUUAUGGCGAUAGACUUGCCAUAUCGCGACACGGAUCUGUCAAUGCUGGUGAUAAUGCCUAUUGAAGAGCCGUCGUCGUCUAGGAGUUUGGCGGCUGUCUCGCAACUGAAAUUGUCGGUAGUGCUGGAUCACAUGGUGUUUCGGAAAGUCUUCUUGAAGCUGCCAAAAUUCUCAUACAAUUGCAACAUAAAUGUGCAUAGCUUGCUCACGCAGUUCGGUGUACAUGGUAUUUUCCAAGCCAGCCAUGACUUCGAUAAUCUCAUUGCGGACCAUGCUUCCAAUUUUAGCGUUUCGAAAAUCAUACAAGAAGCUUACAUCAAUGUGACCGAGGAGGGUACGGAGGCCGCUGCAGCUACAGCCUGUUGCAUUGAUGGUUCCAUGCACUUUGAUGAAACUUUUAUUGCGAAUAGACCCUUUUACUUUUGCAUUAAAAACAGAAAUCUCCUGAAACUAUUCGAUGGCUGCUAUCGGCGUCCAUGUUGAAUGCAAACGGUACUUCUUACUGAUUGUUGGACUGAUUUAUUAAUGAGUAUUCGAUAUAUAUUUUAUAUUUUUAAGAUAUUGAAUAUUUAAUACAGAUAUGAUAACUCUUUAUAUUUUAUACCUGUUAAAAUAUCAAAUAAAAAUCUUUG